AUGCAACACCCCGCGCCCCGUCGAAAGAUCGACCCGAAUGCGUCUUUGGUACUUGUUGGCAUUCGGGGCUGUGGCAAGCGCUCACUGGGGUUUGUCGCUGCCACGGCCUUGAAGCGACGCUUCAUCACCGAAGACCAUUAUUUCAAGCAGGUUACCGGGCUCACGCGACAUGAAUAUCUCAAGCGGUAUGGAAGCCAGGAGUUUCAACACCGGGAUAUAGAAGUCCUGAAAAUGAUGCUGGAUAAUCACCGUUUGCAUUGUGUGAUUGAAUGUGGGCUGGCAAGCCUCACACGCCCUGUUCAGGAGCACCUCCGCCAAUUCUCCGCCACCAACCCGGUGGUUUACUUGGUACGCGACAUGGACCGUAUACAACGCCUCCUCGGUCUGGAAGAUCAGUCGGCGAAGUUGUUGUACGAGUCAGAUCCUUUACACCGAACCUGCUCCAAUUUCGAGUUCUAUAAUAUUGAAGAUCGGUCCAGCGUAUCUUCCCAGGUCGAAGAAGAAACUCCGGACCGGCGAUCCGUCGAUUACUCGUUCAAACUCAAGGAGGCCAAGGAAGAUUUUACUCGUUUUGUUCGAUUUAUCACGGGGACAGAUUUGGGCCACUCUGGAUAUGAUUCACCUUUUGUGCUUCUGGAAACACCCCCGGAACGUCGGUCCUUCACACACGCUAUCUUCGUCCGUUCCUCUGAGCUCAUAGAUGGUGCCGUGGAUUUGUCUGGGCUUGAAUCUGGAGGAGAUGCAAUCGAGCUCUGCGUUGAUCGAUGGAGCUCGGGUAUGGCGAGCACCGUCAGCAAACAAGUCUCGUUGCUUCGGAGGAGUGCUCGAGUUCCUAUCAUUUUCUCCAUUGACAUCUCGUCACCGGGGGUCGGUGCAGGUGAUCUGUUAGUGGCACAGCAGCGCAACACGUAUUUUGAGAUUGUGGAGCACGGGUUACGACUCGGCGUGGAAUACUUGGCCGUGGAUUUAGAUUCCGACCGUGCUUUACUCACAGAUGCAAUCAGCAGCAGAGGAACGACCAAAACAAUAGGACAAACCAUCUUCAACCCUUCGGCUCAUGUGACGUGGGAACAUGAGGACAACCUUUCUCGUUAUCUUGAGGCCGAAAAACUAGGUUGUCAGCUUGUGCGAUUUUUGCGCGUGGCCACAGAGCGCGAAGACAACGCAGCCGUUGCGAAAUUCGCAACUAAGAUUCACUCCUUGACCGGUGACCAUCCUCCUACCAUUGCAUAUAAUAUCGGCAGUCUGGGACGAACUUCCCAGGUGUUCAAUUCCAUCCUCACCUCGGUCACCCAUCCAGCAAUCAAGCGGUCUGUAGACCGUGGGACAGACCCGUUGAUCACAUCACGAGAUGCGGUUCAGGCCUUGUUCCAAAGCUAUGUGCUGGACCCCCUCAAGUUCUAUAUCCUCGGAGCCAGCGUAUCCUACAGUCUUUCUCCAGUCAUGUACAAUGCGGCCUUCCGUCAUUGUGGGAUGAACCACAUGUACAGCAUCCCCGAGUCGGCCACUCUUGCCGCACUGGACCGUCUGGGCCGAGAUCCUCAUUUUGGAGGAGCUAGCGUCGUCCAGCCGUGGAGGGUGCAGGUUUCCCAAAAGCUCGCCGCGAAAAGUCGGCAUGCCGAGGCGAUCGGAGCGAUCAAUACGAUCAUGCCGUUGCGGGCGCGAGCCGAUGGAACGAUGUUUCCACUUCAGGAGCAGGCGAGUCGCCGCAACCAGGCCGGACCCGUCCUGGGUUGGUACGGAGAGAAUACGGAUUGGGUCGGCAUCAUGACAUGCAUCAACCGGAAUUUGUCCCCACGCAAUGCUAUCAGUCCGCUUAAGACGACGGGCCUGGUGAUUGGGGCGGGCGGUAUGGGUCGCGCCGCCAUCUACGCCAUGCUCCGGCUUGGAUGCCGUAAAAUCUUCAUAUACAAUCGAACUUUGUCGCGCGCAGAAAGCGUGGCCCGUCACUUCAAUUCGUGGGCCGCAUCACAAGUAGGCUCGACGGAGGUGGUACAUGUGUUGAAGUCAGUCCAGGACGACUGGCCUCCCGGUGAAUGUCCUCCGUGUUUGAUUGCCUCUUGCGUGCCUGCGGAUCCGGAUACGGACGAGCCUCCGGCCGACUUUGAGAUGCCGAUGCAGUGGUUGGGAAGCCCGACCGGAGGAGUUGUAUUGGAGUUUGCAUACAAACCUCUCGACACACCAUUGCUGCGUCAGAUGCGUCGUAUUCGGAGCGAGACCGGUCGCCCGUGGGUUCUGGUUGAUGGGCUCGAUAAUGUCUCGGAGCAAGCAAUCGCGCAGUUUGAAUUGUUGACCGGACGGAAAGCACCACGCCGCCUCAUGACGUCCGAGGCACUUCGCAAUUACGUUGGUGCAAAUGGACGCUUUGAUGAGAAGACGAUACAAGCACGACUCGAUGGCGUUCGUUGA